GUGUCCAUGACUUGGCCUGUACCUGAACAUCCUCAUUCCGCAGUUCAUCGAUCAGGACCGCAAUAGGGUAAAGCGAGUCAUCUCCGUCGGCAGCCGCCAUCUUAGCUCCCGGCUAGGGCUCUGAAAAGGUGCGCGGGGUUCGCGCUGACGCCUUGCAGGGGUGGUUCAGACGCUAUUGGGUGUCUGAGGUGUCAGUCCCCGCCAUUUUGAGAGCUAAUUGGUUUGUCUCUUCCAAACCCCGCCUCCAUUGGAAUCUUAUUGGAGAUAGCUUCAAUUCAGUCACUUUCCUCGAUGGCUCCUCAUUGGACAAAGACUCCUGAGCGUCAUCUUUUCAUAUGAUAAUAGGAACUGAACGAAGCAAAUACCAGAAAGAGCUCAUCAGUCUCCAGUACUCUCUCUCUCCUCGCAAGGAAGUUGGUCUUCUAGGAGGGUUGCCUCUGGACCGUCCAACUUCGUAGAGCAGCUCCAGACGUCCUGUCCCAGAAAGAAAACCCCAGGAUGCCAAUGGACAGAAUGACCUGGCAGGUUGCAGGACCCAUCGGGAAGAUUGUACCCUCCUCUGUGGCGAGAGUGACAGUUCUGCUCUUUGCCCUUUGCUGCAAAAGUAUGCAGAGCCUGGGAGUACCAGGUUAUGUACUGACAGCACCUGCCACGGUCUCUGUGCAGCGAGGUCUCUGUGUCUCCAUUCCCUGCAACUUCACUUAUAAUGAGCAACACCACACCAGCUCUGGGCAACUACGUGGCUAUUGGUUUAAAUAUACUACAACAGAACAGUACUAUACACGGCCCUAUAGCAGCAAACAACAUGGUCUUCUUGUAGCCACCAAUGAUGACAACGGGAUCAUUGAUACAUCUGCUUGGAAGCGCUUCAAGUUAACAGGAGAUCCAGCACAAGGCAGCUGCUCCUUCAGCAUCAGUGAUGCCCAACAGAAUGACCAGGGGCGAUACUUCUUUAGAAUAGUUGCAGGAGGGAGAUUAAAAUACAAUUAUCAGGAGAAUCCUGAUGGAACAUCUGCUUUCCUCCGAGUUGAUGUCACAGAACUGACAGAGAAACCAGUAAUCCUGAACUCCUCUGAGGUGGUUCGUGGGAGGCCAGUCACUUUCACCUGCUGGGCAUGGGGGGUUUGCCCAGGUCCUCCUGAGCCCAUCAUCUCCUGGAUCCGAGAAGGUACCUAUAGUCAAAUUCAAGGGUCUCCAGAGAGCAAUCGACACAGCAAUGGGAGCCAGAUGUAUGGAUCUUCCAUCACCUUCACCCCCUCCUCAACUGAUCAGGGUAAAGUCCUCACCUGCCAUGUCACGUACCGUGCAGAUCGGACUGGAAGGAACAGCAUCCACCUUGACAUUGCCUACCCUCCUUCAGAUGUCGAGAUUGCUGUGGAGGUCACAAGCCCUGGAGGACAACCUGGCUCCUCAUCAAGAAUAGUUGGAGGGGAUUUGGCCUCUGUGAUGACCCGAGAAGGGGACAAGGUCAGCCUCAUCUGUCAGACUGAUGGUAAACCUGAUCCCACUCUUAUUUGGACAAAGGAGAACAGAAACCUUAGCAACCCCAAGCAGGGUAGGAAGUACACCCAUCUGCUGACCCUGGUCAGAGAAGAGGAUGCUGGAGAGUAUCGCUGCCGGGCGGAGAAUCCACAUGGGUCGGCCAAUAAGACCUUCCGACUGGUUGUGCAAUAUCCUCCAAGAAAUGUCACCCAAGCUUACAUGAGAGAGCCAGCACUAAGUCAAGAUCCCCCCAGGACAGUGGCCAAUGGCUCUCAGCUGACGGCUUGGGAAGGCGGCACACUGCGGCUAUACUGCAAGGCUGAUAGCAACCCUCCACUCAACAGCACGCAUUGGGCCAAGGGGGGAAAGACCUGGGAGAAACAAGGCCAAGAUAGCUGGUUGGAACUGAGCAAUUUGAGAGUUGAGGAUGAGGGUGAAUACACGUGCCAGCUCCAGAACUCCCUAGGUUCUGCUCACGGGACCUUCCUGCUCGUCAUCGCGUAUGCCCCCAAGCGCAGCAGAAACCCACAGACACAUACCACAUGUCAGCACGAGGACAAUCGCCUCCUCUGCACCUGUUCCCUGCACUCCAGGCCUCCACCCCAGAUUUACUGGCAAGUGAUGGGGGAGGACAUCAGUGAGAACAUGACCAAGGGGUCCCUACGGGUCACUUCUCGGGUCCAGGGGGACGAGGUCACCAGCACCCUAAUCUGGACAGGCAGCCUGGAUGGGGACCACAGCAUUAUCUGCCUCGGGAACAAUUCUAUUGGAAUCUACACAAUGCAUUUUCUGCUCAGUUCCUUGAAAACAGACCACUACAAAACUCUGCUCAUUUCUGGAUUGUGUGGUGCGUUGCUGGCAGCCGGUGUCAUCCUACUAGUCCUGUGCCUGAUCAAGUUUUAUAAGAAGAGGAAAGCAUCGCCGAAAGCAGGCAGUACAGAGGCUGCGGAGGCUGUAAACGGAAUACACCAGAGAGUCCACAAUCCCAGCCAGAUCUACAGCAACAUUCCACCUGUGAUUCCAAGAACUCCCCAGGUCGGUAAGCCCAAAGCUGCUGGAGAGAGAAAUGCUAAACCCGACCACAGGUCCAGAGUUCCAAAUCCAAACACAGAUGACCCGGAGGAUGUGCAUUAUGCAGCCCUCGAGUUCAAGCAGAAAAAUAAAGCAACACCAGAGGUGGAAUCACCAGAGGUGGAAUCGGUGGAGUAUUCAGAGAUCAAACGGAAAUGAAACCCUUAUCCCUCAACAAGCACAUCUCAGGAUAACCGGGAGAUGGGGCUCUGCGUCAGGCAAGGGGGUCACUCUGACUCUGAUGAUCACGCAGGACUUACAUGAACUGACUCCUUCCAAGAGGGGAGUAGGAAGUGGACGUGGAAGGUGAGAGUGGGCAGGAAGCCAUUUCUGAAUACAGUUCCUUCAAAGUCACUUCAUUUCCCCAUCCCAGUCGAUCAGGCAGGACAAAUCAGAGGUGGAGAAGGGUGCCCACUGGCUUCCACUGACUACCUCAUUGUGGUCCCCACCCUGGUGCUCCCCUUACCUGGCAGCAGAGGCGGAUCUAGAGUUGAGCAAAUGUGUGCAAUGAACUCAGGCCACCACUAGAAGGAGCCGCGUCUGGAUCUCCAACUUAAAGCAUAAUUUCCUCAUAGGGAUCAAUGGGAAAGUACAAAAAUAUAGCAAUACCUCUCGAAUGACUGGGCAGAAAGAAGGCCCUGAAAUUUCACAUGACAUUCCUGUAUGAUGAUAGCAUUAACUCUGUGGAUGUUCAAGGAGAUCAGUCCAGCUGUUGAUUUUUUAAUGAAUGUUUAAAAAUGUUAUAGAGUAAUGGCUGACAUCCUGACUAAAUAUACUACAGAAAAUCCUGUUGAACCUUAGUAACCUUUUAGAGGAACUCCUCAGUAGUUCUACUGAGUACUAUAGUCAGGAUGUCAGCCAAUAAACUUAAAAUUGUCUGUCAGCUGCCUGUCUGUUUGUCUGUGAACCUCUCCCCUUCUCAAGCGAUUGGCUGAAUAGCUGUGAUGUCAUGGAAUGUUCACUAUGAAGAGAAUGAACUGUCAACAAGAGAGUGUUCCCAAACUCUGCAACAAUGUUUGACGUCACUUGAACAAUUUGAUUUAAGGAAAAAAACAUAUUCUGUGCAGCUCUUUUUUUCCUGGUAAAAUGUUUAAUACACAUCAUUAACUCUU